AUGCACCUGAGGGAGAGCCGAGCAUGCUAUCACCUUUCACCCCCGAACGCACGCAUGCAUGAUGUGUUCUCUGUGCGUCAGCUGGAGCAUCCAGCCGUCAUCAACUCCAUGGUCGAACCAGCCACCUUACCCGACAAGGACACACCCCCCCUGCAAAACUUUGCCCGGUGCACGGUCAGCGGCUGGGGCGUGACCUGGCUCUACGGUCAAAGCCUUUCAUCUGAGCUGAAGUCCGUGGACGUGGACUUCUUCUUGGACUGCUGGAGCUAUUAUCCCUUCAGGAUCACGCAGAACAUGAUGUGCGCGGGAUCAAUUUAUGGUGGGAAAGACUCCUGUCAGGGUGACUCAGGAGGACCUCUCAUGUGUAACGGUAAAUUUGAGGGCAUUGUGUCCUGGGGCAUCGGCUGCGCCUACGCUUUCUACCCAGGUGUCUACACUAAGACCAGAAACUACCUCGGAUGGAUCAAUAAAUAUAUUGUCACACCCCAGUGUAGGGGUUCGAGGAUGUAACAUAAAAAGAAAUCCAGAUUUUGGACUACAUUUAUUUCUGGGACUAUUUACCAUUUGAAACAUCAGUUUCUCUACAAACACAAUAAUAAAAAAUAAAAACUAUGGACUUAAAAAAUAAAGAUGCGUAUUUUCUCA